AUGUCCGAGGAAGUCGUGGAACUCAAAAAACUCGUGAAACAGUUGCAAGGCGCGGUUAAUGAUGCGGAAAUCCUGUCGAUUCUGAGCAUCUUUAAGGAGAAAAAAGUGACAGAAACGCUCCUAAGGGAGAGUAAAGCCGGUCUAGCAGUUGGCAAGUUACGCUCGCACAACUCGAAACCGGUGUCCGACCAGGCCAAGGAGAUCGUCAAGCAGUGGAAGACCGCUGUCGACAAAGCGAAAGCGAGGGGUGGAGCAUCGGGAGCAUCGUCGCACAAUGGGACAGCAGGCAAGAAGGUCGCCACUCCAAUAACGCCCAGUGCCGUCGGGGCAGCGAAGGACGUCACAGGCCUCCGCACAUCGAAGGGCGACGGUGUCAAGGGCGGAACCGGCGAUUCCACACGCGAUAAGUGCGUAGAGCUCGUCUACGACGCCCUGGCAUGCGACGCUACUGCCCCUGUGGAACACGUUCUCAACAAGGCCCGUGCAGUCGAAGCUAGCGUGCACACCAACAUCGGCAGCACAAACACUGAGUACAAAUCUAAAAUCCGGUCCCUGUUCGUCAAUCUCAAGGACAAGGCCAACCCUGGGCUGAGAGCAAGCAUUGUGGAAGGAAGCCUGGCUCCGGAGAAGUUCGCGAAGAUGACGAGUCAAGAAAUGGCCUCCGAAGAGCGCAAAGCUGCCGACAAGAAGAUCCAGGAGGAGAACUUCCACAAAUCGCUCUCUGCAUCGGAGAAGCAGGCCGAGACGGACGCAUUCCAGUGCUCGCGGUGCAAACAGCGCAAGUGCACGUACCGCCAGCAGCAGACGCGCAGCGCGGACGAGCCGAUGACAACGUUCGUAACGUGUACAGUUUGUGGGAAUAGGUGGAAGUUCUCAUAA